GAAUUUUUCUCUCAAAAAACAAUUAUUUUAUUCUUAUAUUUAUUAUUCUUAAAUAAAAUUCUUAAUAAAAAAAAAAUAGAAAAGAUGUGCGUGUGGAAUUUAAGACCGAAUUAUGUUCAACCAAGUAGUUAUGUGGGGAAUGUUCAAUAUUUUGGAACUAAACCACAACUUGUUUAUUGCCCUACUUGUAACCAAAAUACAAAAACUAAACUUAAAUUUGUUACCGAAACUCGGGCAGGUUGGAUUAUAGCAUUGCUCGGAUUUAUUAUUUGCUCGCUGGGUAUUAUAGCAUUUUUCAGUUUUGCUAUUAGAAAUAUUAAAAAAGGUUUGGGUAUUAUUGAUAGUAAUAUUGGUUUAAUUUUACCAAUUGUUUUGGUUACUUCUGGACUUGUUAUUUGCGUUCUGUCGCGUAUUCCACAUUAUUGUAGCUGUUUUAUGGAUGCAGAACAUUACUGCUCUGUUUGCAACACCUUUAUGGGCAAAUAUAUACGAGAUAAACGAAGGCCUAUAGUUAUAUUACCACCAGAAUCGUAUAAAAAUCUACCUAUCCAACAAAUAAUUAAUUGA